GGCGCUAGGGCCGCAGCCCGCAUCUGCCACCGCAGUCCGGCCCCUGGUACUCUUAGGUCUUGGGGAUCACCCUCUCCGGGAAGGAAGCUAGCUAGCUAGGCCCGGAGUCCGCAGCCACCGGCCAUCGCCUCGCACAAAGCAGCUCAAGCAAGCUCCGGGACAGCCGAGGACCCGCAGCACCGGCCGGCAGCAGCGCGGCGACAAGCUCCGUCCAUCGGUCCCUCCGUGCGCCUUAUGCCCCCGCGCCCCUGCCGCGGCAGCCAGAGCGCCCCGAGAGAACGCGCCGCCGCGGGGUCCCGGUGCAGCUAGCGAGCCUCACUCACCCGCAGCGAGCGGCCGCGGGAGAGCCGGGAGCGGCGAGCGGGGAGCGGGACGGCGGCGAGGCGCUCGCGGGCCCCUCCUGCUGCCCGCGCCCGGUGAGCUCAUGGCGGCCAUCCGCAAGAAGCUGGUGGUGGUGGGCGACGGCGCGUGCGGCAAGACGUGCCUGCUGAUCGUGUUCAGUAAGGACGAGUUCCCCGAGGUGUACGUGCCCACCGUGUUCGAGAACUAUGUGGCGGACAUCGAGGUGGACGGCAAGCAGGUGGAGCUGGCGCUGUGGGACACGGCCGGCCAGGAGGACUACGAUCGUUUACGGCCGCUCUCUUACCCGGACACCGACGUCAUCCUUAUGUGCUUCUCGGUGGACAGCCCGGACUCGCUGGAGAACAUCCCCGAGAAGUGGGUGCCGGAGGUAAAGCACUUCUGCCCCAAUGUGCCAAUCAUCCUGGUGGCCAACAAGAAAGACCUGCGCAGCGAUGAGCAUGUCCGCACGGAGCUGGCCCGAAUGAAGCAGGAGCCAGUGCGCACGGAUGACGGCCGCGCCAUGGCGGUGCGCAUCCAAGCCUAUGACUACCUCGAGUGCUCGGCCAAGACCAAGGAGGGCGUGCGCGAGGUCUUCGAGACGGCCACGCGCGCCGCGCUGCAGAAGCGCUACGGCUCCCAGAAUGGUUGCAUCAACUGCUGCAAGGUGCUAUGAGGGCCGCGCCCUGCCUCCCGCCCCUGCCAGCGUGGCUCCCCCCUCCUUGGCCCGGUCGCCCACGAGCCGGGAGAAAGGGAGACCCACGCCCCCAAGGACACCACCAGACUGCCUGGCAUCUGCUGGUGGCUCUGGCUGGUCACGCCGAGAAUUAGCGUGGGCACCGAGCUCCCCCUUCCCAGUGUCUGUGUGUCCAGCUGUGUGGCACAGGCCUGGGCGCCCUGCUGAGUGCCAAGGGGUUCCUGAGCAUCGUUUUUCUAAAGAGCCAGGCCUCAAAAGUGUGGUUGUGUACGACUCCCUACGCCCCCCACCCCCGCUCUUGCCCCACCCCCACCUCUGGUUUCCCCAGGGGCACGCAGAGUGGUCGAGCCCCAGCCGAUGUUUUGCUUGUAACCAGCGAGCUACAACUGUCCCUCUGUCUGUAACAUAGACCCUUGGAACCACGGGAGGGGAGGGCUGGGGAGGAUGAUGGGGGGGGGGGUGUUACAUAAAUACAGAUUUUAUUUUCGGAGGCAGAAUGGUGUUGUUUAGUGGUGGUGAGUGGUGUGACCAGGGCGCAAGAGCAAACUCCUUUUCCCAGGCUGCACCAGGCGCCCACCCAUCUGAGCAUGAACUGGACUUGGCCAUCUUUCCACAUCCUGGGGAAGAUAAUUUGCAACUGACUUGGGGUUGAGAGGAAGCAGCUUCCAGACACAAGAGUCUCCUGGGCCAACCCCCAGCGAACCCCUCCUUUCCAGCCAUCGGCAGAGGAUCCAGGGUGUGCUGCGGUGGGGGGGGAGGGGGGUCACUUUUGCCAUAAGCGAACUUUGUGCCUGUCCCACAAGUGAACGUUGUUCAGUCCGAGAAACUAUUGUUCCUGAAUUUAUUUAAAGGCUGCAGCUUUUUUUUUUGUUAUUGUUGUUGAUGAAAGAAUUCUUUGCACAAUUGUUUCAUUGACAGUUCGCUUGUCGUUUGCAUAAAACAGCAUUCUGACCACUUGUAUGCUGUAACCUCAUCUACUUCUGAUGGUUGUUUUUUUUAAAAAAACUAUGAUGACUUUAAAAUAAGGAGAUUAAAAAAACAACACUAAUUUUUGCUUUGUUUCCUUGAAAAAAGUGUCAACACUGUUUUGUGAUUUUUUUUUUAUUUGUGUAGCUUACGCACACUGUUUUGAUAAAGGAAGGCAACAUAUUGGGGUCUAUUUAAACUCCCCCCCCCACCCAUAAGACCGUCUCCAGCUAUGUGAAAUUUUCUCUACAUUCUGUGCAGAGCAGAGAAAAGCCUCCCCCUCCCCCCCCACUCCCUUUCCCUCAACCCUGCCCAGCCCAGUGGUACUUCUACUAAAUUGUUGUCUUGAGUUUUUUUGUUUGUUUGUUUUAUUUUAUUUUUUAAAUAAACUGACAAAUGACAAAAUGGUGAGCUUACGAUGUUUACAUAAAAGUUCUAUAAGCUGUGUAUACAGUUUUUUAUGUAAAAUAUUAAAAGACUAUGAUGACAUUUAUAAA